GCCGGCCCAUGCUAUGCCAAAAGAAACUUGGUUUCCUCUCUUUCUCUAGGGAGCGGGAGGGCCAUGCAUUAGAACUUGUCCAACUGUCCGACCGUUAGUCAGGGUUGCAGACAGCCCAACCUGAAGCUGUUUGUUGACACAGCGCAGCGCAUGAGUUCCAGUUCUCAGGAUUGGCCCUUGAGCAAGGAAGAGCAGAAAAGGCGCAUCAUACGGCUCUAUGACAAGGACGUAAAGGCAGCCAAUCAAUUGCUGAAUUCUGGGGAAGCUGCCCUUAAGCAAGCCAUCAAGGAGCUGCACCAGGAGCUCAAAGCAGCUCGUGCAGAUGGGCGACACCAGAAGGUGGACCUUAGGGAACCAGUUGCGACCCAGCUCCAGGCAAGAAAUGUCGAGGCUCCUCCCUACGCCUGCGAGGAGACAAAACCUAGCAAGAGUGAUGCAGACUUUGAGCACGCUGCGUGUGAGCCACUUUCCCCAGCCAACAGUGAUGUAGAUGAGACCAGUGACGGGGCAGAUGCUGACAGGGAUGGGGCUGCAGAAGCUGCUGCACGCCUCCAGAAUGUCAUAGUUGAUGCUGCUGCUACGCUCGCAUCGUUGUUCGGCACCUCAUCAUUGUCAUCAGUCCUGGUGGGAAUUGCCGAAGGAGCCGACGAGGACGCCGACAGGUGCUCCGAGGUCAGACAACGCGCAAAAUCAGAAGGGUGCCGGGUAAUAGCCUCCGAGCCGAUCAGGGAGGACCGCCGUCGAAGGAAGUCGCGUGGUGGGGUGCCGCUAAAAGUGUCUUUCGCAGAGCCAGAGGUGGAGGACGUUCCUUGCAGACGUCGCCCUUCAAUUGCUGAGCCCGAGCCGUCGCCGUCCAAUUCGCCGAGGGAGGCAGCUUUGCGGCCUGUGGCUUCGCCUCAAAUGCGCAACGCAGGCCUGCGGGUAGUCACCCGGCGGUCGCGCAGAGGCCGCGCACCAGCGCCAGCAUCCUCUGCGCCACGUGGCAUGCUAGAUUUCAUUUGAGAGUGGGCAAUUAAUUCCAGGAUAUGCCCUGGCCAAUGUACAUUGAGCGUAUGUGACUUAUAUACAUGCUAAUGCUGCCUGCCAGAACAACCUGCGCAGAAGCGCGUUGCAUGUAUUUCGUUCUUAGCAGUCUGGUCGAAAA